AUGUUAGUUCGUGACUACUAUCGGAAAGUGUAUCAUCUUCCCGCUGUGCGUUCCGAGUCCGUGGAUGAACUGGCACAGCUGGUGGACGAGUUCACUCGUCACGUUAACGGACUAAAGAAGCUGAACGAGCCGGUUGCCAGUUGGGAUACGCCGCUCACCACGAUGAUGUUCUUCAAAUUGGAUCCUGCAACCAUCCUGGCUUGGGAGAAGCAUUCGUCAGCGAGCCCCCGAGAUAAGUAUUCGGAACUAAUCCAUUUCCUGCAGGCCAGAAUCCGAAUUUUGCGAUCGUCACAAACGUUGACGGAGGUUGCUGAAUCGACUCCUGCAACGGUGGCUAGCGGAGAGAGAAGAACUGGAGGAAGAGUGAAAUACGUGGCCAAUACCGUAUCAGCGAAGGAGCCGUCUAGCAGUUAUCUUCAAGCAGCGUGCCCGUUAGAGUGUGCAGAGCCACACCAUCUUCAAAGCUGCCCGAAGUUCCAAAGGGGAGAUGUAUCGUUUCGGCGUGAGGUGAUAACCAAGCAUAAACUGUGCUUCAACUGUUUGAAUCCGCACCAUCAGGUUAAGUCGUGCCACUCCGUCUUCCGUUGCAAAAAGUGUAACGCACGUCAUCAUAGCUUGUUGCACGAAAAUACACCUUCGCAGGUGUCGAUGAACGUGGGAUCGAACCAUGAGGUGGUGGUUCUUGAGACGGUGAGACUUUGGUUAGUCGAUGACCAUGGCAUUCGGAACGAGGCGCGUGCGUUGUUGGAUUCGGGUUCCAUGUGA